AUGACAAAAACAAGCAUCCUCUCCGCAGUUUUUGUGGAUAACAUGCGAGUUCAUAUUCUCACUGACCAUGAUGUAAAGAUUAUAAACUAUACUAAUGGAAAGAGUCUUGCCGCUUAUACUAUUGACGGAUAUAAAAAAAUUGCAGUAAUCCCUAAUUCUAAUAUAUUAGUAUGCAUUCCAAAAGAUGAUAAGAAAAAGUUUGUGAAUUUCUAUGAUACAAGCACAUCAUCUAUAAUUCAAACUCUUGAAACACCAGAUUCAGUUCUUAACAUUGUAGUCAAGGCAAAUCACUUUAUUGUAUGCACAAGCAGAAAGUUAAUUGUAUAUCGUAUUUUUGACUUUGAACAAAUUCAGUCUUUUGAUAUUGACUUUUCACAUGAUAAACUUUUUGACUGUCCAAAGGACUCAUCAAUAGAAUAUAUCGCAUAUGCAGAUGUCACAAAAGGCGUUUUGACAAUUGCCAAUUAUUUAACAGGAAGUCCCCUAAACAAUAUUCAUGUGUUUAAAGCCGAAAUAAACUAUGUUCAGUUCAGCCAAUCAGGUAGAUUGAUUGCAAUUCUAGGAGAAAAUGUUAAUUUAUUGAGAGUUUAUUCUUUUCCAAAAUUUGAAGAAAUCGCAACUGCAUAUGUUUAUUUAACUGAUCAAAGCAUUAAUUCGCUUACAUUUAAUGCAACAGAAACAACAAUUAUUAUCACGACAUCAAAGAAUUUUAUAACUGUUGUUGAUUUUAACAAAAAGGCCACAGAUGAGUUUGUAACAAAGUUUGAUUUGAUUCAUAAGCCAAUAUACGCUACAUUUGAUAUUUAUUCUAACUGCUUAUACUCGAUUUCUCAGGAUGGUCGUGGUUUCAAGGUUGAUGCAGAAAAUGUAGCUCAUGCUGCCCUAUACAAGGAAGCAUAUGUCAUUCAAGAUAAAUAA